CAAGUGUUACAACAUACUCCUCUUUAGCCUCUCAUUUUCUUGGUUGUAUUGUCCUUGAGAGAGAGAGAGAGAGAGAGAGAGAGAGAGAGAGAGAGAGAGAGAGGGCUCUUCUUCUUUGAUACAAAUAUUGUGGCAUCUCUUUGCAUGGGAAACCACAAAUUUAGGCUUUCCAAUAUGAUACCAAACACCUGGUUAUACAAGCUCAGAGACAUGAAGGGAGGUAGCAAAAAAGGCCAGAGAAGCCCAAAAAUCACUGCUAAGAGAUGCAAUUCUCAAGCACACACUUCCUCCUCCUCUUCUCCUCCUCCUCCAACACCACCAAAGCCUCCUCCUCCUCCUCCUCCUCCACCACCACCCAACACAUUCUACCUCCCAAACAGAGCCUCAUACUACUUCCCAAGCAAAGAUAUGAAACUCACCAAUCCCCCAACCACACACUUCCCCACAGACCCACCAAGGAAAUCCAAGUCCAAGAAAUUCAGUGCCAAAAAGCUCACAAGAGCUUCUCCCAAAAUCGCCUCCUCUGUCUCAACCUCUGCUUCCAACAAGCCCGAACCGGCUCCCGACACCCGCCCCUUCGACCGCGACGUCUACACCGAGGACGACGAUCACCGGCGCAAGACGAUCAUCGCCAGGAGCUUAGAAUCACAGAGCUUCUCUGUCACCACCUCCGCCACCGACAUAGUUUUCGACGUCGGUAAACCGAUGGAGCUCCCGCCAAUCCUAACGAAACCAACCAAGCGACAAGCCGACAAGCCGAGGUCGGACCACAAGCGGAGAAGCCUGAGCAGAAUUCGGGUCCGGCCGGGCUCACCGCGGCUCGCAAGGAGCAAAACAGAGGCGAAGCAGAGGAAGGGAUUCAUGGAGAGCUUUGUGGUGGUUAAGUCAUCUUCUGACCCUCAGAGGGAUUUCCAGGAGAGCAUGGUUGAGAUGAUCGUCGAAAACGAUAUCCAAUCUUCGAAGGAUUUGGAGGAGUUAUUGGCUUGUUAUUUAGCUUUGAAUUCUAGAGAGUACCAUGCUGUAAUUGUGAAGGUUUUUGAGCAAAUUUGGAUUCAUCUCAAUGAUGCCACAUUGUAGUUUUCUAGGUAUAGAAUAUAUAUAAUAUGUAUAUGAAAAGAAUGUGUGUGAAUUAAAGUGGUGUUGGUGUGGAAGUGUAUAAUCGAAGUGAUAUUGCAUGGUAUUUUACUUGUGCUUGAUCUCCUACUCUUUUAAGGAAA